UCUCUUUCCCACUCCCUCCCACUCCCUCUCCCAACAAACACAUCUCUAGCCUGAAGUUAUUCCAUCCAAAAAAGAAAAAAAUGGCCAAGGGAAGGUUUAUCAAAGCAUACUUGAACAGGUGGAGACAACUGGGCACUACAACAUUAGGACUUACUCCAUCUUCAUCGUCAACCAGUUAUGAUCGAGAUGGUGACAAUUGUUGCUUCUUACAAUGUUGGGCAAUGUUGAGGGCGCCAUGUGCCAACGAUACUCUACUCCAUGCAGAAGAAGAAGACGAGCAAGAGAAUAGUAUCAAGGAGGAGAAAAUCAUUAUGAAACGAACAUCCUCCUCCCUUGGUAUCCCAAAAGAUGUACCAAAAGGUCAUUUGGUAGUAUACGUUGGAGAAGACUACAAGAGGUUUGUUAUCAAAAUCAGUUUACUUAAACAUCCUUUGUUUAAGGCGUUGCUUGAUAGAGCAAGAGAAGAAUAUAAUUUCACUCAUCCUCAUUCCAAACUAUGUAUCCCUUGUGAAGAGAAAGUUUUCCUCAGUGUUAUUCGCUGCGCUAACACGCCAGGGAAGCCGAGUAUUUUGUUAUGCCGAUCUUGAGGAUGUGGGACUAGAUUGUCACAGAACAUAUUUUAUCACCCAUCGAUAUCGAUCGGCUGCUUCAUCUAUUUUUCUUAUUAAAACCCCGUGUUUAAUUAAUGAUCGAUUAAGUCUUAGGCGAAGUCUGAGUAGUAGAGUUGUUUUAUGAGAACUGUGGCAUGUAGUUUACUAACUGUUGUAAUUCUAAACUAAUUAUUGUAAUUCUAUUUUAUUUUUGCUUAAUUAUUACUACUGUUAAUGAAUGUA